AUGGCAAAGGCAUAUGAUAGAGUAUCGUGGAAGUACCUUGUAAAUGUUAUCAGGAAGUUUGGUUUUUCAGAAAGAAUAAUCGAUAUGAUUGUAAGGGUUAUCAGUAAUAACUGGUAUUCCGUACUACUGAAUGGGCAGACUUUUGGCUUCUUCCAAUCUUCAAGAGGUCUAAAACAAGGAGAUCUACUUUCUCCGACUCAAUUUAUUAUUGCAGCUGAAGUAUUGGCCAGAAAUUUGAACAAAUUAUUUGAGGAUGGAGAAUUUAAAGGUUUUGGGUUACCCAAAUGGAGUCCACAAAUUAAUCAUUUAUCAUAUGCCGAUGAUAUGAUUCUUUUUUGCUCAGGACAACCAAAUUCCAUAAGGAAGAUGAUGAAUGUGCUAAGGAGGUAUGAAACAAUUUCAGGUCAAAUGAUAAAUUUAGACAAAAAUUAUUGUUACCUACAUGACAAAGUUCCAGCAGCAGUGGGUAAUCGAAUAAAGAGGAUUACAGGGGUCAGACAAGCGAUGAAACCCCCAACUGGUGAAUUAUUUGUGAAAUUUUCUGGGAAAAUGCUACGAGGUCCAGGAAGAAGCACUGGAACAUCAACUUCCUCUUUGUGGAGUGCAUUUAUGUGGAACAAGUACUGUAAAAAACAUCAUCCAGUUAUUGCCAUAGGAUGGGGUGCCUCACAUGUGUGGAGGAAAAUGAUAGUGGUAAGGGAAGAAGUUGAGCAUAACAUUUGGUGGCAGAUAAGGGCAGGGACCUCAAGCUUUUGGUUCGAUAAUUGGACAAGAAUGGGAGCAUUGUACUAUAUCGAGAAUGGACAGAAUAGUGAGGAAGAGGUAGAAGUACAUGAAUUCACUAUAGAAGGAAGAUGGGAUGAACAGAAAUUAAACACAAUCUUGUCAACUGAAAUGGUAGAAUAUAUUAUAGAGAGUACGAAACCCCCUUCCACUAACAGUCAACAUGAUCAGCCAUGGUGGAUGGCCAACACUCAGGGAGAUUUCACGGUGAAAUCAGCAUGGAAGAUUCUAAGAAGGAAGCAUGAGAGUAGAGCCGACUUUGGGUUUAUAUGGACUAAAGGUCUACCAUUUAAGAUAAACUUCUUUCUAUGGAGGAUGUGGAAAGGAAGGAUUCCUACGGAUGAUAAUCUAAAAAGGAUGAAAAUUUAG